AUGCUCACGUCCACGUUCACCGGCGUUCGCGUCGCCGCGGCGCCGAAGCGCGCGACGUCGCGCAAGAUCGACACCGCCGUCGUCGCGCGCCGCACCAAGGCGAGCGCGCCGGCGAAAAAGUCCGCCUUCAAGGCGGGACAGUUCGGGUCGCUCGCGCCGCCGGACUUGUACCCGGAGUUCGGCACGUACCCGGGCGGCGGCGAGUCGCCGAUCAUUCCGUUCGGCGAUGAAAAGAAUGCGGAACGCGAGAUCAUUCACGGCCGAUGGGCCAUGCUCGGCGUGACCGGUGCGUGGGCGGCGGAGAACGGCACGGGAAUCCCGUGGUUCACCGCGGGCACGUUGUGCACGCCGGAUGACUGCACCGCGGUGGCGGACAAGUUCCCGGGCGCCGUCGCGCCGCUCGCGCCGGCGGGCUCUGGCUACCCGAACUUCUGGGCCGUGCUCGCGAUCGAGAUCUUCCUCGUUGGCUCCGCGGAAUCCUACCGCACGGGCAUCUUCGAGAACCCGUUCCCGGAGCUCACCCAAGGCGACGUCACCCCGGGCGGCCGCUUCGAUCCGCUCGGCUUCGCCGAAGCGGGCGACCUCGAGGAGCUCAAGAUCAAGGAACUCAAGCACUCCCGCUUGUCCAUGUUCGCGUGGUUGGGCUGCAUCUUCCAAGCGCUCGCCACCCAAGAAGGCCCGAUCGCCAACUGGCAAUCCCACGUCGCGGAUCCGAUCCACUCGAACGUCCUCACCAACGCGGCCAAGGGCUUCUCCUUCUACUAA